AUGGAAUCCUCCUGGCUCGAGGAGCGCUGGGCACGGCCAUUCUACCUGGCGUUCGUGUUCUGCCUGGCCCUGGUUCUGCUGCAGGUCAUCAAGCUUUACCUGCAGAGGCAGAGGCUGCAAAGAGACCUACGCUGCUUCCCUGCGCCCCCCACUCACUGGCUCUACGGACACCAGAAAUUUUUUCAAGAAGAUGAGAUGGAGAAACUUGAACAGCUUGUAGAAAAAUAUCCCUGUGCCUUCCCUCGAUGGGUUGGACCCUUUCAGGCAUUUUUCUAUAUCUAUGAUCCAGACUAUGCAAAGAUCUUUCUGAGCAGAACAGAUCCCAAGUCCCAGUUCCCAAACAGGUUCUUGAGCUCAUGUGUUGGACAAGGGCUAUUAACUCUCGAUGGACCCAAGUGGUUCCAGCAUCGCCAUCUACUAGCACCAGGAUUCCUCUUUAACAUCCUGACGCCAUAUGUUGAGGUGAUAGUCCAUUCUGUGAAUACAAUGCUGGAUAAGUGGGAGAAGAUGUUAAUCACUCAGCACACAAUUGUGGAGGUCUUUGAACACAUCAACUUGAUGACCCUGGACAUACUCUUGAAAUGUGCUUUCACCCAGGAGACCAACUGCCAAAUUAACGGUACCAGUGAUCCUUAUGUAAAAGCAAUGUUUGAACUUGGCAAAAUCAUCUUUCACCGAAAGUGUAGUUUCUUGGAUCAUCAUGAUGUAAUUUUUGAUUUUAGCCCUGAGAGCCAUUGCUUACAGGAAUUAAGACAAGUGCUACAUCAAUAUACAGAAAAGAUAGUACAGGACAGAAAAAAGUCUCUCCAGGAUGAGAAGAAUCAGGACAAUGUUCAGAAGAGGAAAUACCAGGAUUUUCUGGAUUUUGUCCUUUCUGUCCAGGCUGAAAAUGGAGACAGCUUCUCAGAUACUGACCUGAUGUCUGAGGUGAACACUUUCAUAUUGGCAGGACAUGAUACCACAGCAGGAGGCAUCUCCUGGCUUCUCUACUGCCUGGCUCUAAACCCUGAGCACCAGCAGAAAUGCCGAGAGGAAAUCAAGGCCAUCCUAGGAGAUGGAUCUUCUGUCUUCUGGGACCACCUGGGCAACAUGCCGUAUACCACAAUGUGUAUCAAGGAAGCACUCCGAUUGAUCCCUCCAAUCCCAUCCAUUUCCAGAGAACUCAGCAAGCCCAUUACAUUCCCAGAUGGACGUUCUUUGCCUGCAGGAAUCAAUGUGGUUCUCAGUAUUUGGGGUCUUCACCACAACCCUGUCAUCUGGGAAAACCCAAAGGUCUUUGACCCUUUGCGGUUCUCUCCAGAGAAUUCUGAUCAGCGACAUCCUCAUGCUUUUUUACCAUUCUCAGCUGGACCAAGGGAUUGCAUUGGACAACAGUUCGCCAUGAUUCAGCUAAAGAUGGCUGUGGCCUUGGUUCUGCUCCACUUUGAGAUGUCUCCAGAUCCCACUCGACCUCCUAUCUUAUCACCCCAGAUUGUCCUCAAAUCCAAGAAUGGGAUCCAUUUGUGUCUAAAGAAGAUAUCUUAA